AUGUUGGUAGGCCUCGUCUCUCCUCCAUUCGAGGCCCAGCCGGUCGUCCCAACGCGACCUCAUCCCCUUCCAUUGGAGGCAGCGCCAUGCCUUUUCUCACUGCGCCUCAAUUUCAUGCCACGCCUCCGCUCCCCUCGUGGACUCGUUUCACCUCGCCUCGCAGGUUCCCCGCCCCCCCCCUCCCGUCCUUCCCAUCUCCCCGCCCUUCUCUCCUAUCACCCCGCUCUUCCUUCCCAUUUCUCCUCCCUUCCUUCCCAUUUCUCAUCUCCCUUCCUCCCCAUCUCAUCUCCCUUCCUCCCAAUCUCAUCUCCCUUCCUUCCCAAAUCUUCCUUCGCAUCCCCCCUCUUUGCCUUCCCAUCUCCCUUCCCUGCCUUCCCAUCUCCCUUCCCUGCCUUCCUGCCUUCAUAUCUCUCCCCCCUAACUUCCUAUCUCCGCUGCAUACCUUCCCGUCCCCCCCCCUACUCAUCUCUCCCCCCUGCCUCCCAUCUCUCCCCCCUGCCUCCCAUCUCUCCCCCCUGCCUCCCAUCUCUCCCCCCUGCCUCCCAUCUCUCCCCCCUGCCUCCCAUCUCUCCCCCCUGCCUCCCAUCUCUCCCCCCUGCCUCCCAUCUCUCCCCCCUGCCUCCCAUCUCUCCCCCCUGCCUCCCAUCUCUCCCCCCUGCCUCCCAUCUCUCCCCCCUGCCUCCCAUCUCUCCCCCCUGCCUCCCAUCUCUCCCCCCUGCCUCCCAUCUCUCCCCCCUGCCUCCCAUCUCUCCCCCCUGCCUCCCAUCUCUCCCCCCCUGCCUCCCAUCUCUCCCCCCUGCCUCCCAUCUCUCCCCCCUGCCUCCCAUCUCUCCCCCCUGCCUCCCAUCUCUCCCCCCUGCCUCCCAUCUCUCCCCCCUGCCUCCCAUCUCUCCCCCCUGCCUCCCAUCUCUCCCCCCUGCCUCCCAUCUCUCCCCCCUGCCUCCCAUCUCUCCCCCCUGCCUCCCAUCUCUCCCCCCUGCCUCCCAUCUCUCCCCCCUGCCUCCCAUCUCUCCCCCCUGCCUCCCAUCUCUCCCCCCUGCCUCCCAUCUCUCCCCCCUGCCUCCCAUCUCUCCCCCCUGCCUCCCAUCUCUCCCCCCUUCCUCCCAUCUCUCCCCCCUGCCUCCCAUCUCUCCCCCCUGCCUCCCAUCUCUCCCCCCUGCCUCCCAUCUCUCCCCCCUGCCUCCCAUCUCUCCCCCCUGCCUCCCAUCUCUCCCCCUUGCCUCCCAUCUCUCCCCCCUGCCUCCCAUCUCUCCCCCCUGCCUCCCAUCUCUCCCCCCUGCCUCCCAUCUCUCCCCCCUGCCUCCCAUCUCUCCCCCCUGCCUCCCAUCUCUCCCCCCUGCCUCCCAUCUCUCCCCCCUGCCUCCCAUCUCUCCCCCCUGCCUCCCAUCUCUCCCCCCUGCCUCCCAUCUCUCUCCCCUGCCUUCCCAUCUCCCUUCCCUUCCUUCUCAUCACCCCUUUCCUCCUUGCCAGCUCACCUUCCGUGGUUACAUAAGAAUGUGUUAA